AAUGCACAGGACUUGGUGAAGCGUACGUCUUCACGAUGCGACCAAUGCACUCUCUUGACGAUCCGGAGGAACUUAAAUAUGCAGAACUUCACUUCUAUGCCAAGAACUUCCUGGAGAUUGACAGCCAAGAACAUGAAGAGAUCCCCAUCUCAUUCUACUACAUCAAAGCUUCGGAGUGCCACCCAAUCGGCGUCCAGAAUUUGAAAAUCCCGAAGAAUGGUUGGCUGGUGACCAAUGUGACGUCGUUGCUCAAUCACGUCUUGAUCGACGCGACAGAGAGGGUGACGAUAGCUAUGUACAUCGGGGAAGGCGUGGUCAGUCACCAGGCCACGCCCUAUCAAGACGGCUCUCAUGAGAAGCUGGUAAAACCGUUUGUGUUCUUGUAUACGGAGGACGUCUCUGCGGAAAAAGGAAACGCGCAAUCGAAUUGGCAAAGAUUAGCCGAGAAGUUAGCGAGAAAAGAAAUGGAUUCGCUGCUCCCUGAACAAGAAGUGAGGCAACGCAGAAGCGUGGAGGCCAACAACACCAACGAAACAUUCGACGACAACGAUACGCUCUUCAGCAACGAAGUAGUAGACGUCGAGCCGGUCGACAACAACGAGUACCCCCUGCAUCCUGUCGUGAAAACCUUCCCAGCUACGACGCACACGGCCUUCUCAUUUUUCGCAGAGCAGAACAUGAGGCGCAUCAAGUCGAACAGGAGGCGAGCGCGGAAUCAGCGAAAAAAGGAGAAGAGCAAAAACAUGAUGUUGGACGCGGAGGAGAAGUCACGUGCACGGAAGAAGAAGCUGAACAAGCCACGCCCAAAGCAUCUCGACAUCGGGCCGGUGACGGAAGCUACCGAUGUAUGUGACAGGCACUCGAUGAACGUUGACUUCCAGGCCAUUGGAUGGGAUGAUUACGUCAUCGCUCCAGCAAGGUUUCAGGCGUUCUACUGUGCUGGGCAGUGCUCCUUCCCAAUCCAAAAGGAACUUCAUCCGUCAAACCACGCCCUAAUUCAAAGCAUAAUGCACUUGCUGGGGGUCCAAACGGGGGUGCCAACUCCAUGUUGCGUCCCGGACAAGAUGGAACCGUUAAUCCUUCUCUACAUCGAACGGGACUCGACAGUCACGCUAAAGAAAUACAGCGAUAUGAUUGUCGAAUCCUGCGGUUGUCACUGAGCCUGAACAGAUCUUUAAAAUGGCAACGUAAAGACACUUGAACUAUGAAAAAGGCAAUGUUUUGUCAGUUAAUUCUAUCGGGAAGGAAUAUUUUCACACACAGUCAUGUCAGAGAAAACUGCCAUUGGAUUAUUACAGUUCGUAAUCAAAGUCGACUGUGCUAAGGAAAACUUUGCUAAAUAAUUGGAGGGGAAAGCAGAGCAACUGUCUGUAGUCACCUCACCAACCAUCAAGACAACUUAAAAUUAUUAUCCAACUUAUCUUCAUCCGGCUUGUCGAGGGUUGACAUGAUUGACGAUAUCGAACAUAAGAGCGACCUCUAUCGUCAACGAAUGUUGGUGGAAUGAUUUGGUUAGCGAGCUGGACUGUUGUACAUGUAUAUCGGCGUAUAUCAAAUCAAAUCAACUCAAACAUAGACGAACGAGAAAAGAAUACAUUUCAUGCUUCGUCAUAAAUGUUCAUUAAUUUCAAAGUGAUUUCUGUACUCCAGGCGUAUCUUGCAAUAAUUCAAACAAUGUUUUAUCCUUUUCUCAGUGAAUGUGUUAUUCAUGAAAGUGAUGGAGCGGUGAUUGCUUUUCGAGGCACCAUUAAUUAUUUUCAUUAUAGGUUUCAUCAGUGUCAAGCUGUCAGUCAAAGAUUCAAUAAAUGUCUUUGUUUUUUUUUUAAUUUGGAACUGCUGAACAAGCAUUGUUACUAUGGAAACUAUAGUCAAUACCUGUCAACACCGUAUG